UUGUUACCACACAGGUAUAUAAGUAGGACGCUCAGCCUCAUCACAACAGAUGAGUAAGAGGUAAACCGUCUUCCCAACAUGGCUCGCCCGAGCUGCAUCACAGUGCUCGUAUUGGCACUUGUCUUUACGGUUACAGAAAACAAAGUGUUGAAGACACCAACAACACAAGUCCCCGAGGAUAAGCCAUGCGUCAAGGGGUUUUCAGCGUCAUUGUACACAGCUCACGUUGAAGAAAAUGCUCGCUACCAAUUAAUCUCUGUACCAGUUACCCCUGAAAUCAGAGCGUGCCGAGAUGACACCCAGGUUGUCUACAUGAUUGACACAGAUACGUCAUCUGACUUGUUCUGGAUAAACAACAGAACGGGAAGCAUUUAUAUGACCCAACCCGUGGACUAUGAGAGCACACCUAAUCACCGUGUAGAUCUUCUACUGCAGGAGACGCACAGUGAUGGAAGCGAUGAAGGGAACGCGCUUCUCAUCAUCGACGUCGUGGACGUAAAUGACAACAAACCCGUGAUGACGCAGACAACCUACUACGUUGACAUCUCGGAGGCCAGUGCACUUGGGCUUCACCUGCUAACGUUAUCCGCAACAGACGCUGACACGGGAAACAACGCUGUUGUUAUGUAUGUACUUGAUACACCCGAGUGUCCGAUCGAUGUGGACUCCGCGUCGGGAGAAGUCCAUCUGACCCGUCUACUAGACUAUGAACAGGAGCAUAGUUACUAUUGUCGGGUACACGCAGAGGAGUCACUCACAGACGAACAUUUUCAAAGUAACCAGUCGACAAUCAUUAUCAAAGUUCACGAUGUUAACGACAACAGCCCUAUCUUCACCUCGAACCCGUACGACUUUGUCAUGACAUGGCCUCCCACAGACGGCAUGUACGUCGGAACUGUUACGGCCUACGAUAGGGAUUCUGGUGUAUUCGGAACAGUCAACUACACAAUGGAAGCUCCAGUUGACUCCUUCCUCUCUGUUGACCAAACUGGAGACAUCCGCGUCACGAACGCGGGAGUAGAUGCACUACAGAAAAACAAGAACUUUACUUUCCUUGUUAUGGCCACAGACGACGGCAAAUCUCCACGUAUGGGCCAGACUCUGGUGUUGAUGAGGAUGAUAGACGGUUACAACCGCUGGUUCUUCUACAAGCCCUCAUACAACUUCAGCAUACCAGAGAAUACACCAUCAAGCGCGGAAGUUGGGCUGGUGACUGUGAACUCCUCCCACGUCCGCUACAGUUUCAGUAAGAAAUACACAGACAAGGAUUUCCCCUUCGUCAUCACCCAAGAUGGCGGGUCCAUCCGGCUGAAUACCACGCCGACUUCGCCAGUCGAUCAUGAUGGACUCCACAGCUCCUUCUUCUUCCAAGUUGCAGCCACAGACGACCAAACAACCAUUUACACCAACGUCACUGUUACAAUCACAGAUAUUAACGACAACAGCCCCAUUUUCAAAAUACCGAGUACCGACAAUAUGGUCAUCCCCGUAAGUAAGUUUAGGGAACCGGAAGCGAUCAUAUACACUGUAUUAGCAACGGAUAAGGAUUCUGGUGACAAUGGAAGAGUGACAUAUUUUAUACUGAACACCAUCGACGCUUCCCGCUUCAGUAUUGACAGGACAAAUGGAGACAUACGUACGCGACAGAGUCUGUUUAACCUUGAAGACAAUCUAUUUCACAUCACUGUAGAAGCAAGAGAUAACGGGAGCCCAUCAUUGACGAGUUCAAGACAAAUAUCAUUUCAAAUCAAAUCAGAAAGCAUCCUCGAAGAGUUCAUCUAUCGCUCCAUCACCGAGAACAGUUCGCCGGUUUCGCUGGAUCUUCUUGUCGGACCCUUCAAGACAUUUCCCAAAUCUGAAGUGUCUUUCAGUAUCGCUUCUGGAAACAAUUACAGUCGUUCAGUUGCCAACAUAAAUGAUGCCAAGUUGAAUGUGGGGUCGCUGGACUAUGAAACAAUCCAGUACUUGGACCUUACUGUUAACGUGACAGGUAGAACGACCAACAGGUUCGUCGGCUUCAUCCAUGUGGCUAUUGCAGUCCAGGAUGUUAAUGACAAUAGGCCCCGUUUCAUCGCCUCUCCAGUUUCCACUUUCAACAUUCCCGUCACAGCAAAAUCAGGCGUUCCUGUCUACCAGUUCGUGGCCGUUGAUAAAGACAGCACAACUGAUGGGAAUGGCGUUGUGAAUUAUUCUCUCGGAGGAUCACCAUCACCAUUUCUCCUUGACAAGUACACCGGGAUGCUUACACUGAAUAGGGCUUUGGCGAAGUCGGACAACAAGGUUUCUUUCACAGUAACAGCAAAUGCAACAGAUGGAGGCGGGAAUAUUGGGACAAGUUCACCAAUUAAUUUCAGAGUAUAUGACCCUGCAGAGGGCUACCCUACGUUCCACGAACCAGCUUAUUUUGGGUCUGUGCUUGAGAACUCCCCGAUACGCACGAGUGUCAUGCUGGUAAACCCAGUCCUAACUGUCUUCCCCGGGGAACAUGAGCUCGCUGUGGACAUGGUGGGAUUGCACAAAUCAGAAUUCUACAUAACUGCGCCAUAUGGAGAUCUAUACACGAACACAGAGAUGGACGCCGAGGUGACCCCGAUGUAUCUGCUGGCCAUCACGUCAACCACCCUCCACACCCCCGUCAAGUCAACCACUGUGUUCGUUCGAAUAAACGUGACAGACAUCAACGACAACGCCCCUCACUUCCCCUUCAGCACGAACCACACCACCAUCAGACGAAGCGACGGCCCAAACACUGUCAUAGCAACUAUAACCGCAGUCGACAAAGACCUUGGUGCCAAGCUGAAUUACAAUGUUGUCACUGCUCCCUCAACUCCGAACAUCAUCACCACACAAGCUCACAACACGCUAGACGUGGUCGUUCUUGACCCAUCAAAGCUUGCUGAACAAACAUACCAUAUUCAGAUGACGGUUGAUGAUGAACUCCAUACGCAGAACACGGCAAACCUGGUUGUGACGGUGGAGUAGUGACGUCGUUGUACUGGUGGAGUCUACUUCUGACGAAGGCUGAUAACGAUUCUGUUACAUUAUUUUGUCAAACACAUGUCUGUGCCAUUAGCUGGAUGAGAACUGCUGAACCCAUGUCGAUAUGAUAUAUGAUGUUGUUCUGUUGCCACAUGAAAAUAACACGACGCAAGCACUGACGUGACUCAGUAGACGUCAAUCAUUCAUAGACAGAUCGUACAGAGAAAUGUACCAUGUAAACACGAACUACUGCAAAUCAAGUGUAUAGAAUUAUUAAUAAUUAUACAUAUAUAUAAAAAAUGAAAUAUCCAGAACUGCUUAAACAUCUAAAUUUUCCGAUUUCAAAGUUAUGCAUGACAGUUAAUAUCAAUGAACAUUAUUCAUAUAAUAAUGAACUAUAAUGUAUUUUUACCUCUUAAACUGAUAAAAUGUAUAUGUAAAAGUAAGUUAUGCUAUGUUAUACACACCGAUAAAUAUCUAUUAUUAUGAUGUGAUUGAUGCCUAUUCACUAGGACUGACAGUGUUGAUACCUAAAACGAAUAAAACGCAUGUAAAUGCUGA